UCCCGUGAGGUUCUUCGAGGCCUCACUACAACGUGGAUUUUACUCUACCGAAAAUUCACAUUCUCUCAAGUUUUAUUAUAUAUUACUAUAAUUAUUGUUAUUAAUAGUAUACUGUCUGGUGAGGAUCCUAUUACAUCAGAGUCAUGGCGAGUUUCAUGAAACUUGUCGUCAGCAAUUACAAUGAAAUUCUGGAGUCAACCAAAGAUCCAAUGGUCGACGAGUGGCCACUCAUGAGCUCUCCCGGACCUGUUCUACUCAUUCUCGGUGUCUAUCUCUUAUUUGUCCUAAAAAUUGGACCGAAGAUGAUGGAGUCGAGGCCUCCAUUUCAACUCACCAAUAUACUCAUUCUGUAUAACGGGGCACAAGUUUUAUUCAGCAUUUGGCUUGCAACAUUGGCACUGAAAGCAGAUUUCUUGAGCUACAUAUUCACGAAGACCUGUACUUCUGGAACAAUAAGCGAUAAAAAUCAUCAGAGAAUGUUGACGACAGCUGCCUGGUGGUAUUUCUUCUCAAAAGUAAUAGAAUUGCUAGACACGGUCUUCUUUGUUCUGAGAAAGAAGCAGAAUCAAGUGACAUUUCUUCAUGUCUAUCAUCACACGAUAACAGCCCUGUUCUCGUGGUGCUAUUUGAAACUUCUUCCUGGUGAGCAGGGGCUCCUCAUCGGAUUUCUCAACGCCUCUGUCCAUAUUGUCAUGUACACUUAUUACUUGAUCGCUGCGCUAGGUCCGCAAUACAGAAAGUACCUGUGGUGGAAGAAGUACAUGACUUGGAUCCAACUGGUCCAAUUUUGUCUGAUGCUUGUUUACCUUAUGUCGAUUCUCGCAAUGGACUGCCCACUGCCAAAGGCUCUCACCUACUUCUUCGUAACGAAUGUCGUCAUUUUCCUCUACCUCUUCAGUGAUUUUUAUCGAAAAGCAUACACAAAGAAAAACGCUUUGAAGAAGGAGACAUGAGUGCCAACAAAGAAAUCUAAUGAACUGUGAGAUAAAGAAACAAUGUGUUAAUAUUCUGUCACGAGAUUGAAUGCCAGAAGUACAGUAGAGGCGUCGUAUAAGAUACCUUAGGGACAGUAGGAGAGUGGAAAUCCGGGAACCCCCGUGCCCCCACUACGCGCGCCGAUA